AUGCAAACAAUUCAGUACCACCAUAUCGAUCAAAUUGGCCAUCACGUUGAAAAUUUCGUGGACCUCCCUGACCCUGGAUACGAUGCCCUUGACAGCUCCUACCAAUCAUCAGGAUAUCAGCUGCCCGACGAUCCUCGAUAUCAUGACCUCAACUCCUCCACACAUCACCUCUCCCAUCACAACUAUCAGUCUAUUCCACCCCAAACCUACCAUCGCGACAUACCCGGCAGUGGACAUAGCUACGGUUACGAAAAUGGCGCAUAUUAUGAUAUCGAACACACCCUCAAUCGUACCCAUCCAGGCCACCAACCCCAAUACCACCAGGCAACCAACGACCUCGAUGAGACAACCAACCACCUCAAUGAGACCGUCCCCUUCCUCGCGGGUAUAAAUCACGAUCGUCAGUUGGCCACUACUCCGAUACCUUUAAAUCCAAGGCACUUAUCCGAUUCUAGACCAAGUGGUCAUCAGGAUGAAGCUGUUCCCUUCCUCGCAAAUAUAAACCAACCUGGAGACCGUCCCGUCUGUUGCGGGUAUAAAUCAGCGACCUCGUCACUCGGCUACUACUCCAGCACCCUCAAAUCCAAGCAACUCCAACAGCACUCGAUCAACCGGUCACCAGGAGACCGUCCCGUUCCUCGCGGGUAUAAAUCAGCGACCUCGUCAGUCGGCUACCACUCCAGCACCUUCCAAUCCAAGCAACUCCAACAACACUCGAUCAACCGGUCACCAGGAGACUGUUGUAAGACUCAAAAGUGGUGA